GCCCCGCUCCGCCCCGGCCGCCGCGGCCAUGACCGACAACAUCCCGCUGCAGCCGGUCCGGCAGAAGAAGCGGAUGGACAGCAAGCACCGCAGCGGGUGCUGUGAGUGCUUACGAUGCUGUGGGAGAAGAGACCCAAGGCCUCGUACGGUUUGGCUUGGCCAUCCAGAGAAGAGAGACCAGAGAUACCCCCGCAAUGUUAUCAACAACCAGAAAUACAACUUUUUUACGUUUCUCCCUGGGGUGUUAUUUAACCAGUUCAAAUACUUCUUCAACCUUUACUUCUUGCUCUUGGCCUGCUCUCAAUUUGUUGUUGAAAUGAGGCUUGGUGCGCUCUACACAUACUGGGUUCCUCUGGGAUUUGUGCUCGCUGUUACCGUCAUCCGAGAGGCUGCAGAGGAGAUCAGGUGUUACAUGCGCGACAAGGAGGUGAACUCACAGAUCUACAGCAAGCUUACGGGGAGAGGGACUGUGAAGGUGAAGAGCUCUAACAUACAAGUAGGAGACCUCAUCAUUGUUGAAAAGAACCAGCGGGUCCCUGCUGACAUGAUCUUCCUGAGGACGUCGGAGAAGAAUGGGUCUUGCUUCCUUCGCACUGACCAGCUGGAUGGUGAGACAGACUGGAAACUGCGGCUGCCGGUUACCUGCACCCAGAGACUGCCGACCGCCUCUGACCUGCUGCAAAUCCGGUCGUACGUAUAUGCAGAAGAGCCCAACAUUGAUAUACACAAUUUUGUGGGAACCUUCACAAGGGAGGACAGUGACCCUUCUGUGAAUGAAAGCUUAAGCAUAGAAAACACCCUGUGGGCCAGCACAGUGAUUGCAUCAGGUACUGUUGUGGGAGUUGUCCUCUACACUGGAAGGGAACUGCGCAGUGUGAUGAACACUUCAAACCCAAGAAGUAAGAUUGGUCUCUUUGAUUUAGAAGUGAACUGUCUCACCAAGAUCCUGUUUGGGGCCCUGGUGGUGGUCUCACUUGUCAUGGUGGCCCUUCAGCAUUUUGCUGGCCGUUGGUAUCUUCAGAUCAUAAGGUUCCUCCUCCUGUUCUCAAACAUCAUUCCAAUUAGUUUACGUGUGAAUCUGGACAUGGGAAAAAUUGUCUACAGCUGGGUGAUCCGCAGAGACUCCAAAAUCCCUGGGACCGUGGUUCGAUCCAGCACUAUUCCUGAGCAGCUGGGGAGGAUAUCCUACUUGCUUACAGAUAAAACAGGAACGCUUACACAGAAUGAGAUGGUCUUCAAGCGACUUCAUCUGGGCACAGUGGCGUACGGCCUUGACUCCAUGGACGAAGUGCAGAGCCACAUAUUCAGUAUAUACACACAGCAAUCUCAGGAGCCGCCCGCUGUGAAAGGCCUGGCCUUGGCCACCAAGGUGCGUAAAACCAUGAGCAGCCGCGUGCACGAGGCGGUGAAGGCGAUUGCGCUGUGCCACAACGUGACGCCGGUGUACGAAUCCAACGGGGUGACGGACCAGGCUGAAGCUGAAAGGCACUACGAGGACUCGUGCAGGGUGUACCAGGCCUCCAGCCCCGAUGAGGUGGCCCUGGUGCAGUGGACCGAGAGCGUGGGCUUGACGCUGGUGGGCAGAGACCAGUCCUCUAUGCAGCUGAGGACACCGGGUGGCCACAUCCUGAACUUCACCAUCCUCCAGAUCUUCCCCUUCACUUACGAGAGCAAACGCAUGGGAAUAAUCGUCCGGGAUGAGUCAACGGGAGAGAUCACCUUCUACAUGAAGGGAGCAGACGUGGUGAUGGCUGGGAUCGUGCAGUACAACGACUGGCUGGAAGAGGAGUGUGGUAACAUGGCUCGGGAAGGCCUGAGGGUUCUUGUUGUAGCCAAGAAGUCUCUCACUGAAGAGCAGUAUCAAGACUUUGAAGCACGGUACGUCCAGGCAAAACUCAGCGUGCAUGACCGCUCGCUGAAGGUGGCCACGGUCAUCGAGAGCCUCGAGAUGGAGAUGGAGCUGCUGUGUCUCACCGGCGUGGAGGACCAGCUGCAGGCAGACGUCCGGCCCACUCUGGAGACGCUGAGGAAUGCUGGCAUUAAGGUGUGGAUGCUGACGGGGGAUAAGCUGGAGACAGCCACGUGUACAGCGAAGAACGCGCAUUUGGUGACACGCACACAGGACAUCCACAUAUUCAGACUAGUGACAAAUCGUGGGGAGGCCCACCUGGAGCUGAACGCCUUCCGCCGGAAGCACGACUGCGCACUGGUCAUUUCUGGUGACUCGCUGGAGGUGUGUCUGAAAUACUAUGAGUACGAGUUCAUGGAGCUGGCUUGCCAGUGCCCUGCCGUCGUGUGCUGCAGGUGUGCUCCGACACAGAAAGCCCAGAUCGUGCGUUUGCUGCAGGAAAGGACUGGCAAGCUCACCUGUGCCGUAGGUGACGGAGGGAAUGAUGUGAGCAUGAUUCAGGAGGCUGACUGUGGAGUUGGAGUUGAAGGAAAGGAAGGCAAACAAGCAUCACUCGCGGCAGAUUUCUCUAUCACUCAGUUUAAACAUCUGGGUCGUUUACUGAUGGUGCACGGGCGGAACAGCUACAAACGGUCUGCAGCUCUCAGUCAGUUUGUAAUCCACAGGAGCCUGUGCAUCAGCACAAUGCAGGCUGUUUUUUCAUCAGUAUUUUACUUUGCUUCAGUCCCUCUCUACCAAGGCUUUCUCAUCAUUGGGUACUCCACAAUUUACACCAUGUUUCCAGUGUUUUCCCUGGUCCUGGACAAGGACGUUAAGUCUGAAGUUGCAAUGCUGUACCCAGAGCUCUACAAAGAUCUUCUUAAGGGACGACCAUUGUCAUACAAAACAUUUUUGAUAUGGGUCUUAAUAAGCAUCUAUCAAGGUAGCAUCAUCAUGUACGGAGCGCUCCUCCUCUUUGAGUCUGAAUUUGUUCACAUUGUCGCCAUUUCCUUCACAUCGUUGAUCCUCACAGAGUUACUGAUGGUGGCACUGACAAUCCAGACAUGGCACUGGCUCAUGAUAGUGGCUGAGUUGCUUAGUCUCUCCUGCUACAUAGCUUCUCUGGUCUUCUUACAUGAAUUUAUCGAUGUUUACUUCAUUGCUACUUUGUCGUUCUUGUGGAAAGUCACUGUCAUCACUCUGGUGAGCUGUCUUCCCCUCUACGUCCUGAAGUACCUGAGGCGAAGGUUUUCUCCUCCAAGCUACUCAAAGCUCACAUCCUAGGGCUGCUUUCCUUGUGCACCAGAGACAAAUGCUGCACAUGGCUGAGAGGCAAAAAUUGUGUAGUUGUUACUAAAACAAAUACGUCUGAUAUUUGCAUAAGGAUCAUGUGGUAAUCUCUAUUACAUGCUGCUUCAUUGAAAAAGACUUCACAACUACCAUGAGUGGAGACUGACUGAUACAAGGGAGUUCUUUGGAGAGUGGAGGCACUUAUUGGUUCAGCCACUUUUUGUCACUUUCGUUCAACUUAACUGGGGUCAAAUGCAUGCAGCUAUGGUGAUGAUUGGUUUCUCACUUGUGGUUAAAAUCAUCCAAAAGCUGCUAACUGACCUCAAAAUUUAUAUUUGACGAUUUUUAAUUUUUUAAGUAUCUGUGGUGUUCCUUGCAAUGUGUUGUGUAGUUUUAUAUUCAUCUUUUUGAGUAGGUACGUUCUUCUUACAUCUUGGAAAUCCCUUAAUGUAGGUGAUGCGCUGUAGUGCUGACAACAGAUUCCUGAUUUAUGGCAUGCUGUUCCCAUUGCGGGGCUCCAGUCUGCACACGCUUGAGAAUCUGAGCUUGUCUGAGAUUUUCUGUCAGUGCUCACCCUGGUGAUUUUGGUGGUAUCCAGCCAUCGAUAACUACAGCAAAAUGUAAUCCAAAAUGAAGAAAUGGAGUUUUGUUUAGCUUUUGUGCUUCCUGUUAGAAGGAGCUGGUGACAUAAUAGCUUUACUGUAUAUUUAUUUGUAUAGCAGAGAAUUAUCUAAACUAAAGCAAAUUUCCUUUGGAAAAAAAAUUUGCAGUUGAUCAGACUUGAAAUGUGUUGACAACGUGAGAAGAGUCUUGUACUGUUCUACAGACAAUGUGGCAGACUGUCUUGAAUCCUUGGAGACUGAAAGGAAAGGUCACAGAGCUGCUGCUCCUCUCAGCUGUACCAGGUCUGUUUCCUGUUAGGGUGGAGCAGUGAAGAUGGGCUGCAAAUAAGCGGAGGCACUCCUGGGUGGAUGUUGUUCGUGACAAAGUCUCUACAGAAAGCAGUUUUUGAGAACCUUCCGUGUGCUUCACUCUAAAAACCAAACUUGAAUCAGAGGCAGAAGCAGGGUCUGUACAAAGGCGUUGGGCUUGUAUGCAAAGCAAAAAAUACAUAUAUUCUUUAAUCUGGUGAGUUUUGCUUUUGUAGUGAGGUUCAGCCCCCAUUGUAACACAGUGAGGAUGGCUGCACGUGCACAGACAGCUCAGGAGAACGGCAGCUACAGGAACCUUUUGCUGUUGGGGCUGUGCAUCUAUCAUGGCCGAGCUUGUAUAGUGGCAGCCAUCCUCAUCUAAUGGCCGUCGAGUCUGUGAUAAAUUAGUUGCUUUCUGUCUCGUUCCCACAUCACAAAAACCACGGUGGUGGCUGGCACUGCCUGGCGCCGCGGCGGGGAUGGCAGAGCUGUGUGCCUGCACACCCCGGGCUGUUGGGGCAGCCCGUCCGGGCCGGGCGCUGCACGGAGCAGACGCUCCUGCUUGUCUCUGUGCCACGCAGGGCGCCUUUCAUGGACUGCCAGCUUCUGCUGCCAUUGCCACAGCCGCUGUCGCAAGCGGCAUGAAAGGCUCUGGUGUGAAAAGCAGUGGAAAAUGGGAGCGUUGUUUCAGAAGGAGAGCUGGAGUCUCUGUGGAUCCAUAGUGGUGCCUCUCGGGUUUUCAAGUUGAAGAUCGCUGUGGCUUGUGUGGUGAUUGCUCUGAGGAAUGCCUUGGACAACCUGGGCAGCCUUCCUUGUUCUCAGUUAUGGAGAGGAAAUAUCAAAGGGGAGAGAAGCAAGUUCCAAAGGAAUUAGAGAAGAAAUAAAAAUUUGUGUAGCCUGGGGGUGAGGAAGCACCAGUCCUUGUUGUCAUGUCAUGUGAGGAAAACCCUGAGUUCAGAAAAGCGUGUUUUCAAAAUGUUGCCUUUCAUUCCUUCUCUUCUAAAUUGUUCCUAAAAAUAAUAAUAGUAUAACAGUAUGCAUUUCCAGCCCUCUGGCACACGGUUGUUUUGGGAAAGGUGCUGUAAGUCCUACACCGUGCAGUGGUUUGUCUCCAAGGAUAAAAAGCAGUGUCUGUGCAGCCUUGUUUUGGAACAGUUGGGCUGGCAGCGUUUUGUGGAUGAUGCCAUGUGCCAAAAGGUGCUUCACGUUAUCUUCAUUGCGACUUGCUGCAAUUCCUGAAUAGAGUCAGACGUGCACAUGUUCUGAGUCCCCAUCAAUAUCCGAUUUAAAUAGAUUGAAGAACAAGAAUCAAGAAUGCUUUGGCAGUUUCUUGCCACUAAGAAGUCCCUCUUGUCCUGCAGAAGAUACAUCGUGGUACGCAUCUGUGUAGGAUCCCCAUCCCUGUGUGUGUGAGCAUCCCACGAAGACAGCAGCGCUGCGCUACCGCCUGUAAAUAUUUGGCUUGUGUCUGUGGUAGAAUUCACUGUUUCCCAAAGUCAGUACAGUUUACACUGAGUGGACCAUAUUUGCAAAAUAUUAGCUUACACGAAGAAAGGGAGUGACCUGUGAUUUCAGUAACAUUUAUUGCUUCGUAACCGUGAUGCCGAAGGCCCAUUGGGUGGCAGUGGGAGCAGUCUGUGGCUGUGUCCUGGGGUGCAGGCGGGGUUCCUUUGCACAAGGUUGUAAAUCCAGGAGGAAAUUUCCCUCUGGUUAGACGCUGCAUUUUUUAAAGUAACCAGAAAAUUAAAACUGCCAUCUAGAGAACAGCAGGAGGGAGGAGGGACUGUUGUAUUUUUCAAGUUUAGCACUUUACAUCUGCAGUUUAUUUCUCUUAAGUUAUUUAAACAUCUUUUUAAAAGCAGAGUUUAAUAAACACACUCCUGCUUACCAUACACGUGAAUAAAUGCAUUCUCUGUUGGAAAUUUAGUUUAAUCUGUUUCAUCUAGUCUGAUCAUAAUUUGUGCUUCUUGGAAGCAAAGCAUUGUUUCCUUCUUGUGUGCAGUACCUUGUGCGUAGAUUCAAUCAGUGUUCUUCUCCCUCCCCUUUUAGUUGUUCUGGUUUGUGUGCUGCAGCAGUUUGUGCGAUGUGUGAGCUUUGGGACUGCGCCCCAAGUGCUGCUGUGGGAUGGCAGUGCUGGGUGCUCCUGUUCCCCUCCUGCUGUGGGGAAGCUGUGCCGUGCUGUGUUUAGUGGUGUGCAGGUUUUGUGACACGCAUUGUUCUGUCCUUACAUCGCUGCAGUAAUUCCAGGUGUGUUGCAACCCUUUUCAUUUUUUUUUCCUUUACUCUCACGUGCAUUUCCCAUGGUUUGCCCCAGGUUAUCUUUGCAAACACUUGUUCUGCUCAGCUCAUAUUGCAAUUGAAUUGCAGCAUUCUUUAUUCAGCAGCAGCAGUUUAAAUCUGAGCACAGCCUUAUCAGAACUGGGCUGAGUGACGAGUGACAUCCCUGGUGUCCUGUCAGCGUUGAGAGCUACGUGCUGAGAGCUGCAGCUGUGGCUGGAUCGAACUGAGCAGCACCGAGGGAGUUGUUUGUCUGUGGUCUGCUGCACGAUCGCAAUUAAAUGCUGUGACAAACUCCUUUGCCCUCUGCAACUCUUGAAAGGAAUUCUGCUAUGGUGGAUCAGGGAGCUGUGGUGAGUUAAAUGUGUGAAUCCCUAGAGCUCAUCUUCUGGCUUUAUCUUUUAAAGAGAGCUGCUGCAUCACGAGGUGCAUCAUAAAUCCUUCGUUUGCACCAGCAGUGCUCAGCACCAGGCAGGUGAGCUGCCCUGCAUGCAGCUCGUUGUCAUGUGUUGUUGCACACAGCCCUUCAGGUGGGGUUGGUGCAUAUUCACGGCUGCCGUAGUGAGGGCCAUCUCAGGGCCUGCUGGGACCUUCAGCGUGAGCUGGGUGGGCUCAUUUAUUUUGUUUUCAUUAUUAGUUACUUCAGAGUUAAUAAACCCGUUGAUUUGCAUGAAAUCCUGGGUUCUACAGCUUUGCCAAUAUGGUCCAUUACUACUGCCUACUACAAUUUGUGUACUUAUAUGCCUUUGAGAACAUUUCUAAUUGUUAAAAUUUGUUAAAAAUUAAAUGUUAAUUUAAUUUUUAAUUGGGGGAGGUGGAUUCUGGUGUCAAAAUGAUAUUUACUGUGAUGCCAAUGUUUUGUACCUGUCAUCUAGUUAAACAACGUGUAAAUAUACUCUCUGUUCAAGAGAAAUAUGAAUGCCAAUUAUUUAUUGUUCUGUGGAGUUGUAUGUUGCAGAUGUGUAAGAACUUAAAAGGGAAUGUUGUAAAACAAGGUGGAAAAAUAAAUUUUAUGCAACUUGUC